AUGGGAGCUAGAGAAAGCAAGUUUAGGAAAUGGGUUAGUGGUGGAAGUGUAAACAACAAAAACAUGCAAGGUCCUAUGUUGUUGGUACCAAAAGGUUAUGUUCCAAUAUGUGUUGGAACAAAUGAGGACACUUGUAGGAUAUUUAUGGUUCAUGUAAGAACACUUGGUGAUGCUUUUUUUUGUGAACUGUUGGGGAAGUCUGAGGAGGUAUAUGGGUUUAGGAAUGAAGGGGUUUUGAGGAUUCCAUUUGAAGCACAAGAGUUUGAGGAGUUGUUCAUUGGAAAGUCCAACAAAAAUAUUAAAAUCAAGAAAAUGGUAAUACCAAGUUGA